CCGGGGUCCGUCGACGAUUAUGGCUUUCCUCUUUCGCGUUCAUGGGUUGACAUUGGUCAACCGUUUCCUCUGCAUUUUUUCUGAAGUGUUAACGUUAUGGAGUUUUCGCGACGGAUGGGAAGGGAGUUGCUAGAGGCUGGGCGGGUUAAUGACUGGACGAGGCCAGAUGAUUGGCCGGCGUGUUCGUUGGACUGGGAUUCGUUGGAGUGUAGAACAGUGUAUGAGGCUAUGAUCAGGUGGUUGUCAUUUUCCUCUUUUACCUGCAGCAGAGCAGGCUUGUCAUGCAGACGAUUGUUUCGACAGACGACAGAAAGCAUUCUUGUGAAACAUAGGGCCGCAUUUGUCAGGGUGCAUGGUCGCCAUCGCACAAGUGUACCGAGCGUCGUCAUCGGGGUCCAAGGCUGUUGCGACUCUGGGCCGAAAAGGGGGCCAGAUGUUUCUGCCGAUUCGACGUUGAAUUUGAAAAGAAGAUGCACCUGUUUGAAAAACGGCACGCAGCACCCAAUGCACGAGCGGCAUCUUAUCUUAUCACUCUACGGUACCCCAGCAGGUCCCCCAACUUUAUAAUUGAAGCUGCGCAGUGCCGAUGUGGUGGAACAUUCCGCACACCGCU